CGCGGCUCCGCUCCCCGCUCCUCCUCCCGCCGGGCCCGCAGGGGACAGCGACACUCGCCAGGCGCCUCCGUCCCGGCGCUGCCCCGCGCUCCCGCCGCUCGAUCAGCAGCUCCUGAGGACUGAAGAACCUGCCCAGGGAACCCCUGCUCUGAGUGCUCAGGCAUGGCUGACCUGGACCACUCCCUGAGCCUGGCCGACGCUCUGACGGAGCCGCCCCCGGACGUGGAGGAGGAGGUGAAGAGAGAUUUCAUCGCCACGCUGGAGGCUGAGAAGUUUGAUGAUGUGGUGGGGGAGACUGUGGACAAGACAGACUACGUGCCCCUGCUGGAUGACGAGGAGCAGGCCAGGCCUGGCUCCCAGGAGCCCAAAAGCAAAGGCCACGUGGACGGCAUUGCCGUGGAACAUUCCUCAGCCUCGGGGCCCACGGUGGUGGAGAACGGCGACCACGGGCUGCAGGACCAUCACACAGUAUUCCCAGGAGAAAUCAUGGAUGAGAAGAUGUCCUACAAAGAGUUCCUGGAUCGCAACGACACCUGGUCAGCAGAGGAGAGGGACCUGUGCUUCAAACCCAUGGACAUGGCUGACCCCUUCAGCAUGCACAGAGGGGAGAACCUGCCCGAGCUGUCCUUCCCCACGGACAUGAAGAGCGCGCCGCUGUUCCCGGGCCACGCUGACGAUGCCAGGGACAUCCUUGCUCCACAUGGAUCCAUGAUGGGACCUGAACAGCCUUUCCUGGGGUCCCUGUAUUCCCCUGCAGAGGCUCUGGACCCGUCAGCCUUCAUGGGCCUCGAGUCAGGCACAGAAUUCCUGCCAGGAAAAGCAGCCUCUGAAGAAUACUGGAUGGGAGCUCAGCAGGACAUGAAGGGACCAGAUACCUCUUACUUUGUUGAGCCACCAGUGCCCCCUGCAGCCGCAGAAGCCAUAAGGACGAGCCUGCCCGAGAGCCCCACGGCAGCAGCAGCCCCGGGGAGCCUCCCUGCUGCAGCCCCAGCCCUGCCAGCAGAGGCUGCAGCCCCCGAGGGACCCGAGGCUGCAGCUCCAGGUGCAGCCUCUGUUCCCACCACCGACGCCGUGUCCCAUCCUGCAGAGAAAGCUGGGGCUGGCCCUGCUGGAGACGCCAAACCUCCCCAGAGUCCUGCAGCAGCAGCAGGCAGCCCUCUCCAGGCCACAGAUGGGGCCUUUGCUCCUGCACCUGAAGCCAGCCCUGCCAGAGGUGUCAAUGACGUGUCCACCCCGGGGACAGAGCUCGGCUUCGCCCCGGCAGCUGGAUCCCACCAUGGGGUGGAUUUGGGGUUUGCUCCAGCAGCAGGUGUGGAGUCCCACCAAGCCACGGAUUUGGGAUUUGCCCCAGCAGCAGGUAUGGAGUCCCACCAGGCCAUGGAUUUUGGAUUUGCCCCAGCAGCAGAUGUGGAGUCCCAUCAGAACAUGGAUUUGGGGUUUGCUCCAGCAGCAGGUGUGGAAUCUCACCAGAACAUGGAAUUGGGAUUUGCUCCAGCAGCAGGUGUGGAAUCUCACCAGAACAUGGAAUUGGGAUUUUCCCCAGCAGCAGGUGUGGAAUCUCACCAGAAAAUGGAUUUGGGAUUUGCUCCAGCAGCAGAUGUGGAGUCCCACCAGACCAUGGAUUUGGGGUUUGCCCCGGCAGCAGACACAGAACCUCACCAUACCUUGGAUUUGGGAUUUGCUGCAGCAGCAGAUAACAAAGCUCAGCACGUUGUGGUCUCUGAGUUUGCCCCAGCAGCAGAAGUCAACCAUCACCAUGGCCUGGAUUCUGGGUUUGCUCCUGCAUCUCCAGCCAAGUCUGUCCCUGCUGUGGAUGGUGGGAACGUGGCAGCUCAGCCCAGCAUUGCUGUGUCUGGGGAGCUGCUGACAUCUGAGGCUGCCCCUCAGCAGGACAAGGCUCCUGCAGAAGCAGCAGCAAAGGUGGAGGCGGAAUGCAAAGCCCCAGAAGUUUGUGUGGAUCACUCAGAGGAGAUGAAGGACAGGAAACCUCCCCCGAGCCCCGGGGAGGAGGAAAUUCCCGGCAAAAGCAAGCAGCCCCCGGAGGCAGCAGCUGAAGCAAAAGGAGCACUAGACAAUAAAGACCUUCCAGAAAAAUCUGCUCCUGCUGAGAAUGGUGAGACACAGAAGGAGGAGGCUGAGCACAACCACGUCCAACACGCAGAACCUCAGGAAGGGAAAGCCCUGCAGGAGCCCACAGGUCUUCCCACUGCACAAGUCAGGCAAGCUCCCAAAUCCAGGGACCGUGGGUUUGGCAGAGCAAAACCUGCCCCAGUGCCUCUCACAGAUGUGCCAGAGGAGCAUCCUGUAGGUGUCCCACAGCAGAAGAGUCCUGAGCCCAGAGCAGACCCCUGUUCCACAGUGGAGCUUGGCUGUGGUGCUGGAGCAUCCCCUCGCUCUAGGGCUCCUCACAGAAAGGCCACCAGUGUCCCCACGGAGCCUGUGGAGACCUGCAGAGAUCCCCCCCAGGAAAACUGGGAUUUGGAAGGUGCCAUGGUGAAGAAAAAGAAAAAGAAACCAAAACAAAGGAGGAACCAGCUGCCAAGAGGGACGGAGUUCUGGGAGGAGAAUGGAACCUGCAGAGGUGCCAGGAGUGCUCCCUGUGGGAUGGAGUGGCAGAACCCAGCCAUGUGUCCUGGAACAGCCCCUGGAGGCAGAGCUCUGGAUGUGCCACAGGAUGCUAAAACAACACCUGGGAGUCCUAUCCUGGAGGAGAAAAACAGCUCCCCUGUGCCAGCCCCAGGACAGCAGGGCCCCAAAGCCAGCGAGCUGGACGGCAGCCCCAGGGAGGAGAUGGAGCCACAGGGAGGCAGAGCUGCCAGCUGGGGGCUGGCAUCCAAGGGACAGGGCACAGGGAUGGGUCACACUGAGCUGCAGGAGUCUGCUGCAGCCAAGGGACCCAGCAAGGCCACAGAGAGAGACCUCCCCAGGAAAAAUGAGAGGAGAGAGGACAAGGAGCCAAAGGGUGCCGAGCUGAAGGUCAAUCUGAGCACAGCAGGAGCUCCCUUACUGACCAAGCCUUUGGAACUGUCCCAUAAAAACAAGGAGCCCAAAUCCCCAUCUCCAGGGCAGGAAGCACCCAGUGACUCUGUCCAGCCUUCCCUGGAAACAGCAGCCAAGAAAAAGUGGGAAAAAAGCAAAGGGCUUGAAAGGGAUCCCCUCCAACAGCCUCACCUGGAGGCUGCAGCCCUGGACAAGCUCCCUGCAGAGCCAAAGGCAGCUGCAGAAAGGGGAAGAGGGUCAGAGGGAGCACUGAGGAGCCCCACAGACGCUCCUGGAGCUCCUGUUCCCGUUCCACCAGAACCUGGGGAAGUUCCAGCUGGGCAGGGCAGGGCCCAGGGUGUCCCCAAACCUCCCAGCCCUGGCGAGGCAGGGGGCAGGGGGGUGGCAGCAGAUCCAAAGCAGGGCAAAGGGGUCCCUGGUUGUGAGCAGCAGGCUGGGACAGAGCCCAGCCUGGCACACAGCACAGACAGGCCAAAGAAAAAGCGCAGUGAGGGGAGAGGCAGAAGGAUGAAAAGCUGCUCAGAGCAGGGCAUGCUCUCAGAGGAUGGAGGCAAAUCCACCGAGGGAGCGAGGACAGAUGAGGCUGGGAAGGAAACAGUUUAUCCUGAGAAUGGCCAGGCUGUUCCUGCCAGAGGACACCCCUCAGGCAGCGCUGCACAGGCCUGCCCUGCAGACAAGCCCAAAAAAAGAGGCAGCGACGGAAGGAGCAAAAAGGGGGAAAGGAGCUUUUCCCAGCAGCCUUUCCUUGAGAAUAAGAUGGACUUGGGGGGUUUUCCUGAGGGAGCUGAUAAGGUGAAGGAGGGCAGUGGUAAGGGCAGAGAGCAGGGCUGUGUCCCUGCUGGGGGCUUGCAGGAAAAUGCAGCUAAAAUGCAAAGGCCGAUUGAGCUGGGACCGGAGAAACUGAAAGAAAAUGUUGGGCAAGGUGAAACAGCUGAUUUGGGAGCUUUAGACCAAGCUUUGCUGCUGGAGAAGAGCAGAGAGGGAGCCAAAAACCCUGCUCUGGCUGCCACCACCAGCCCCACAGAGCAGGUGGGCUGGGCUGGGAAAGGCAGAGAGGCCGGAGCUGCCGGGCUCAGCUCGGAUGUGCCAGUGCUGGCAGAGAAGGCCAGGAAGAGGAGCAGUGAUGGGAGAAGGAAACGGGCUGAGAAAAGCCCCUCGGGGCAGGCAGCUGCCCUGGGGGCUGGGGGGGAAGGCAGGCAGGAGCAGGUGGCUGCGGGCAGGAAGGAAAUGAGCCUGGCUGAGGAGAAGGGGGCUGGUCUGCACAGAGGGAGGCUGGAGGAGGAGCUGGGGAAGCCCAGAAUGCAGGGUGGCACUGGGAGCUUCUGUGAGCAGCCAAAUCUUUCAGGCCAUAAAGCAGAGACUUCAGAGCCAGAAAUAGGGAAAGGAAACUUGGAAACUAAGGGAACUUGGCCUGUGAAUAAAGGGAAGGAAGCAGAUAAAUCCCCAGGGCACAGGGCAGGGAUGUACAGUCCCACCAGGGAACUGGGCACGGACGAGCCCAAGGGUAAAAGCAGAGAUGGGAAAGGCAAAAAGGCUGAGCACAGUCCUGAGCUGCAGCCAGGUGUCUUCCCUGCAGUGGGACACGUUCAGCAAACUCAGUCUGAGGAGGCCAAAGAGAAUUCCAGGAGUCCAGAGGUGCUGCUGGGUCACCUGCCUGACCCUGCCAAGGCACAGGCCCCUGCUUUGCCUCUGGAGCCAGGGAAGUCACACACAGGUGGGGAGGAGAAGCACAGAAGGGGGGAGCCUGACCCACAGCAGCCCUUUCUGCUGGAGCAUAAAGCAGGAGCAGGGAUGCUCCCUCCUGCUGGCCUGGAGAUCGGGGACAAACCUGAGGCAGGAGGUGCCAGUCCUCGCAGCAGGAAUAAAAAUCCUAUUCCAGAGCAUCCAGCAGUGUCAGAUCCCAGCCUGGCCCCAGUCCCUGAGAGAUCUAAAAAGAGGGGCUAUGAUGGAAGCAGUAAAAAGGCUAAAAAUGCCUCCAGGCAGCCUGUUCCUCUGGAGGCAGAACCAGACAGGAGUGAGGCACAGCCUGCAGUGGGAGCUGGGCUGGAGUGUGGGGUGGGAGACACAGAUCUUGUAGAUGAAAACAGAAACGUCAAAAACUUUCCCACUGGGCCUCAGAGAGUUGGGAAUAAUAAAGGAAGGGACUUCAAAUCCGUGUCUCAGAGCCCAGCACGUGGCCCUGGGGAUGGGGGUGAUGCUCCCUGUGGCCUCCCAGAGCAGGGAGAGGGGGCUGCAGGGACUGGGGGCCUUCCUCCUCCUCCUCCUCUGGAAGCAGAGAAAAGCAGCAAAGAGCCUGGAGCUGGUGCUAAGAAGGAGAUGCAGAGCCAGAGAUCUAAUGAGCAGCCCAAAGAACCUGGAAAAGAGAUUUCCCAGCAAGGUGGGAAGAGCAGAGAGGCUGGGUCCCAGGGUGGCCAGCCCGAGGGCAAAAGUCACCUUUGUCCCUUGGCAAAGGUGGGUGACAAAGAAAUAAAACCCACUGAUACAAAGGUGGGUGAUAAAGAAAUAAAACCCAUUGACACAAAGGUGGGUGAUAAAGAAAUAAAACCCACUGACAAAAAGGUGGGUGAUAAAGAAAUAAAACCCACUGAUACCAAGGUGGGUGAUAAAGAAAUAAAACCCACUGACAAAAAGGUGGGUGAUAAAGAAAUAAAACCCACUGAUAAAAAGGUGGAUGGUAAAAAUGUAAGCCCCACUGACACAAAGCACAGCACUGCCAAGGCUCCCUCAGAGCUUCCUCGUGGGGCAGCAGAUCCAAAACACAGAGCAGCCUCUGGAGCUGCUGAGGGGACAGGAGGACCAGAGGCUGCCCUGUCCUGUGCAGAGAAGGGAGCAGGGAUGUCCCCAGCCCCUGCAGGGACACCUGGCAGCCCAGGGAUGUCCCCAGCCCCUGCAGGGACACCUGUGGGUGUGCCAGGAGCUGGCAAGGACAGGAAGGCCGGAGGGGCUGAGCAGGGCAGGGACAGGAGGAAUGAGCACAGCUCACCCCAGCACCAGGGCACUGAGCCUGAGGCCGCUGGGCCAGCUGCCCAAACCACCCAAAAACAGCCCAAAGAGAACAAAAAAGGUCCCUGUCAGCCUGCAGAGGAGGGCCCUGCUCUCCUGAAGGAUGCUCCUCAUGCUGGGGAGGUUCUCCUGAAGGACGCUCCCGUGUCAAAGCCUGAGGGGGAUAAACCUCAAGAGAAAACCAAGGAAAAGGAUUCUCCAGCCAAAACCAAAGAAAAGGAGUCUCAGGACACAAGUAAAGAAAGAGAAACUCAAGAUACAACUAAGGAAAAGGAAUCUCAGGACACAGCUAAACAAAAGGAAUCUCAGGACAGAACUAAAGAAAAGGAAUCUCAGGACACAACUGAAGUAAAGGAAUCUCAAGAAGUAACUAAAGAAAAGGAAUCUCAAGAAGUAACUAAACAAAAGGAAUCUCAGGACACAACUAAAGAAAAGGAAUCUCAAGAAGUAACUAAAGAAAAAGAAACUCAAGACACAGCCAAAGAAAAAGAAUCUCAGGACACAACCCAAGAGAAGGAAUCUCAAGAAGUAACUAAAGAGAAGGAAUCUGGAGCCCCAGCUAAAGAGCCAGAAGAAGAAGGAGAGCAGAAAGUGGUGAAAGAGGCAAAGAAGGAGAGAGUGAAGGCAGCAGAGCAGCUCAAGGGCUACAUGAGACCCACCAAGGCGCGGGGGGUGCCAGCCCUGGUGCCAGCCCUGGCGGGCAGAGCCGUGCCCCGGCGCAUGGACAGAGGCAAGGCAGAGGAGCCCAAAGCAGCCGAGGCCGUGAGUGGGAACGACAUCUCAGCUCCUCCCAACAAGGAGCUGCCCCCCAGCCCCGAGAAGAAGACCAAGCCUGCUGCAUCCUCCUCCUCUGCCAAGGCGGCGGCAGCCAAGGCCAAGCCCCCGGGCAGCACCAGCCCCAAGCGGCCCAGCUCGGCCACCCCGGGCACAAACAAAAAGCCCACGAGCCCGAGUGCAGCUCCUGCUCCAGGCAGCACCUCCAAACGCCCCGGCACCAGCAGCACCCGUCCCUCCACCCUCACUCCAAAAGAGACUAAACCAAAGGUCGCGGAUGCGAAGCCCGCGGAGAAGAAAACCUCCCUCUCCAAGCCUCCAUCCUCCACCACCCCCAAAACUCCUUCCAGGAGCUCCUCUGCUGCUCCCCGGACCACGGCGCCGUCCCCGGUGACGGCAGCGGCCGCUGCCAAAACCACGGCGCCCACUCCUCCCAAGAGGCCGACGUCCAUCAAGACGGACGCGAAGCCGGCAGAUGCCAAGAAACCUCCUGCCAAGUCUCCCUCAGGCGAUUCCAGCCGCCCCAAGAGUGCCCCGGGCAGCACCACCAAGAGCAGCGCCACCACUCCUUCCACCGCGGCCUCCAGCGUGGCCGGCACGGCCCCGAGCCGGCCCAAGCCCAAAGCCGCCGCCCCCAAAGCCGCCACGGCCUCCACGGUGUCCGCGGACGCCAAGAGAGCCGCGGGCAAGGCCGCAGCGGGCAGCAAAGGCAGCGCCGGGCCCGCGGCCCGAGCCCUGCGCCCCGCCAGCGCCGCCGGGCCCGACCUGCGCCACGUCCGCUCCAAGGUGGGCUCCACCGACAACAUCAAACACCAGCCCGGCGGGGGAAAGGGGAAGGUAGAGAAAAGGCCAGAGUCAGCCGGCGCCGCGCCCAGCUCUGAGCCCAGCGCGGGCUCUAAGGUGGCUCCUAAAGUGGCAGCAAAAGAGGGGGUCCCCAAACAGCCCAAUGGGAAAGUCCAGAUAGUCUCCAAAAAAGCGAACUACAGCCAUGUUCAGUCCAAGUGUGGUUCCAAGGACAAUAUUAAGCAUGUCCCUGGAGGUGGGAAUGUGCAGAUCCAGAACAAGAAAGUCGACCUCUCCAAAGUGUCCUCCAAGUGUGGAUCUAAAGCAAAUAUCAAGCAUAAGCCAGGCGGAGGAGACGUCAAAAUCGAGAACCAGAAGCUGAACUUCAAGGAGAAGGCCCAGGCCAAGGUGGGAUCUCUGGACAACGUGGGACACUCACCGGCCGGAGGGGCCGUCAAGGAGGGCGGCGCGGAGCCGGCGCAGCUCCCGGCGGCCAACGGAACGGGGCCGGAGCCGGGCGCGCUGCCCGCGGCCCCCGCGCUGCGGGAGAACGGCGUGGGGCCGGCCCUGGCCGCGCUCGGCACCGCCGACCAAAGGGAAAUGCAGAGCCUCGACACUCACAUCCAAGAAACAAGCAUCUAAUGAUGACAUUAUGGUAUCGUCUUCCAUUCCCCUCCUGUCCCUUGUCUCCUCCUCUCCCCGUGUCCCCUUGUCCCCUGCCCUUGUGUCGCUGCAGAUUGAGUCUCACAAGCUGACGUUCCGUGCGAAGGCCAAGGCUAGAACAGACCACGGAGCGGAAAUCGUCGUCUCCAAACCCCCCACCCUUUCCAGCAGCACCUGCCCCCGGCGUAGCACCUCCGCCAGCGACAGCCUGGGCUCCGUCGCCUCCCGUCACCGCCGCCGGCCGCGCCCUCCCAGCAAGGCUUGUGACCCCCGGCCCCGCUCCGCGCCCCGGGGACCCCAGCUUGGCCCUCUUAACCCGGCUCUGCCUUUGGGUGGGAAGGGGCCGAUGCUCCCCGGGCCCGCCCGGGCUGGGGUCCCUCGGCGGCCGGGCAGGGCUCCCCUCCCUCCUUCUCUCCCUGUCCUGCCCUCCCGCUGGCCCGGGACUCCCGGGGGUUGCUGCGCCUCGGGGCGGCCCGAGCGGCCCCGGCCGUGCCAGGGCAGGGCAGAGCAGAGCCCUGGCUGCGGGGCCAGGCCGAGUUAACAGGGAUAAGCUGUGAUCUUUCUUUCUGUCUCUUUUUUUAACCCCUUCCCUCCUCGCCGCUUCAGUUUCUGCCGCCUGUGGGAUGCUGAUAAAUCCCCUCCACACUCGUUAGGCUGUUUUAACUGUUGACUUGAACCUUUUAUUCUUUGUGACGAAGUGUUGAUGAUUUAUCGUGUUCGAACCCCUGCUAAGUUUCCUUUUCUCUUUCCUUCUUUUCCGACCCGUAGGAGAGUAGGGACAUUUAACCGCUGCUGCCGUGCUGGCUUCUUACUGACAUAUCCAGCCGUUGUAACUUCUUUGUUGUUGUUUGGGGUUUUUUCUUUUUAAUAUUUUAAAAUGAUGGAGCGAGUUCAUGGGAUUAAGCCAUGUCCGGAAAGAAAGGCACAGGAAUGUGUAAAGGGCGAACUUGCUGUGAGAGCUCAGGUGGAGCCUGUGUUGACCUCGAGAUGUGUAAUUGAUGCUCGAGAUGUGUUAAUUGAGGCUCGCGAGCCCUCCGCGGGUGCCUUCUGCCGAGGUGGUUCAUGGUUUAUUUAUCAGCGGCACGGCCGAGCCCUGGGAUUUGUCCCGUUGUCCCGGGCCGAGGCCGGAGGGAGCAGGAGGCGGCGGAGGCGGGAGGGCGCGGGCCGGGGGUUGCGAGGCUGCAGCAGGUCAGGUCCGUGGGGGUGUGGGCAGUGCGGGGUGUGCGGGGUGUGCGGUUUUGGGGACCCGAGCGAGCCGGGAUGAGCAGCGCCGUGCGGGCAGCAGGAGCAGGGAGCUCAUCCCGGGGGCAGCAGGGCAGGGUCGGUGCCAGGCAGGUGCAGCUCUGACUAGGAAGGAGAUCUAACCACUCUUGGAGCUCCUCGUUUCAAAUGACACUAAAGAAACGAAAUGUAAAUAAAUUAAAACAAAAGAAAAAAAGUGUUCUUGGGUGGUCGAACUAAUUUAAAGAAACAAAAAAAAAAGGCAAGCAGAAUAACAAAACACUGGGAUCAAAGAGAACUGAACCAGGUGUGUGCUAAGGGGGGCUGCUCCAGGAGGGGACAGAGGGAAGCCUGCAGCUUCUCGUGCUUGUGGGAGUAUUUCUUUGGGAAGCCAACAACGACACGAUAACCCGGAAUCUGUAUUUACACACAAAGAUUCUUAUUGCACUUGUAUUUUUUAUAUUAAAGUUUGCAUGGUUUCUAAUAAAAUGGCAUUAAAAUGUACUAGUUUGCAUCAAAGUCGUCUGGUAGUUUCAUAAGUGCUUUUUCAUCUGAAUACAAAUUUAAACGAUGCAGAUUUGCACCUGAAAGGGGCGGUUAUAUAUACCCAGAGACCUCCCAGUGCUUCCCUUCGUCUUCCUCCUCGUUCUCCUCCUCCUUUUCCUCCUCCUCCUCCUCCCCACCUCCCACUCCCCUCCGCAUCCCCGUGACCCCGGCGGGGCAGGCGGCCGUGCCGUCGCUCCGUGCCCUCCCUGUGUGUCCCUGUGUCCCCGGCGUUCCCGGAGGAGGAGCUGGAGGCGGCCCCGCUCCCCGGAGCCCUGCUCGAUCCCCGUGUGCCGGUAUAUAUCACUGCCCUCCCGUGACGCUUCCUUCUUUCUUUACUGCUAAAUUCUACACACCAGCUUCAGCUUGGCAGCCUUGCCUUUGCUUUGGUCGAUUUUUUUUUUUCCAACACUUGAAUUGAGGGAGAAUUAGGAGAGGAGAGGAGCAGGGUGAGCCCCUCGGCAGGACGGUGAGCCUGGAGGCUCUGUUGCCAGCCUGUGAGCAGCCGGGGCGGCCUCGGCAGGGCCGGAGCCGAGCUACAGGCUCACCGGCCGGGAGGGGCGCUGGGAGCAGCGUUUGUGAGCUGGCGGCAGCCGGAGAUGUGCGGGGGCAACCAAAGAGGAGGUGCAGGCUGAGAUGUCUUGUUCCUCUUGCUGCUCUUCCUGGGGCACCCCAGGGAUGGUGGCCUGGGAUGCCCCGGGAUGAGAUUCCCUGGGAUACCCCAGGAUGACAUUCCCGGGGUCCCUCAGGAUGGUAUUCCCAGGGUGCCCAGGUGAGGCCCCGGGCAAAGGGAAGCAGCCGGUCCCGGUUCAGGGACUGCAGGAGGAAAGCAAAUGGCAACAUUGCACUUUAUCUUCUGAGAUUGCAAAAAGCAAACAGCCCUGCCCCGCUGCAAAGGGACAGUGAGUCACCUCCCUGCACUGCUUUUCUCCGAUUCCCGAUGAUUCCCCGAGCGCCGGGCGGCCCUGGCCGGGCGCGGUGGCUGCGUGCGGUGCCCAGGCUGUCCCUGCCCAAACCCCGGCCCAGCUCACCCCCGGCCCGUGCUUCUGUGCCACUUCUCUAACACUUGUUGUGCCUGUGUUUAGCUGAUGAACUAAAUCCAGAUACACUAGUUUGCCGUGGUGUUUCUAGGACAGCUUCAGUUUUAAUACGGAUUUCUUUUUUAACUUUGAGGAAGCGGCUGUACAUAUUGCUAGGCUGGGAAGGAGCCGUGUGUGGUGGGAAUGACUUUAGUUUCCUGUCUGGAGAGGUGGGAUGAGCUGGGUAGUGCUGAGACCUUAACGCUGCUGGGGAAGGGGCUGCGGGCGCCGGUGGCUCCAUCGAGGGCUGGAGGCAGCGAAUCCGGGGGGACACAGGAGCUGAGCUCUGAAUGAGAUGCAAGUUGAAUGUACACGUUCCUGUCCCGAGCUGGCGCCGGGGUCCUGGCUUUGGCCGCACUGGGGGCAUUGUGGGCUGGGCAGGGGCUGAGCGGGGCCAGGUCGGUGGCUGGCUCCGGGCAGGAUGCUCGGCAAAGGCCUUUGCAGAGCUCAGGGCGAGGAGCGGCGCUCUGGAGGGGCUGAGCUGCCGCAGGGCUGGGGGAAGCGGCGGGGCCGGGUGCGAGCUCCACCCCGGCGGGGCCGCGCUUCCUCCGGGCAGCCGGAGCCUUCCUCGGCCGGCAGCCGCCGGAGCCCGGCGCCUCUCGGCAUAUCAGUGGCAUCCACAGUUCUUUGGGCUUUUCGUACUGUUAAACAGCAACAUUCGAGUAACCGAGUUGGUGGGCUCGAGGCCGCGGCCGCCCUAGCAUGGCUCCCGCUCGGCUCCCGGCCGCAAACUGAAUGUAGUUUUCUACGCUGCCCCUCGCGCUGUCCCCGCGUAGUGUGGUGUGUGAGAGGGGCCCCGGGCCUCACGUGUUCGUGUCUAGGCAGAAUUCCUACUUUUCUUGGAGCUUGGUGUCGGUGGCGUCCUUGGGGUGACGGGGCUCCCCUGAGGGCAGGGCCGAGUCCCCGCGGGGCCGCGGUCUCGCUGAGGCCGAGCGGCCGCGCUGGGGCUCAGCAGCCUCAAGGCUUGGAGAAAUGUCCCCGAGGCCGAGCGGCCUCCAGGCCGAGGGGAAAUGUCCCCCAAGGCCGAGUGACCUCCAGGCUGAGGGGAAAUGUCCCCCAAGGGGCUGAGCGGCCUCCAGGCUGAGGGGAAAUGUCCCCAAGGCCUCGUGGCCCGCGGAGCCGGCGGGUGGGGCAGAGGAGGCUCCGGGCGGCAGCAGCAGCAGCAGCAGCAUGGAAAGGGCUCUGGGGGGCUCCGGCUCUCCCUCCUCCCUCCCCGCCUGAGCCCCAGCCUGGCAGCGCUCACCUUCCGCCCUCCUCGCACGGGUCCCGCCGGCCGAGAUCACACACGAGGCCGCAGCGCCCCUCGCCGUCCCCGCCCGGCCGCCCGCAGCCCCCGCUCUCCCUCACGCAGAGCACCAAGGAGCGAGCGCAGUGACCGCGGGCUGGGGCGUGCGGCCGGGCACGAGGGCUCGGGGCAGCGCCCCGGAGGGCGAUCCCGGCCCUCGGCUCCCUCGGGAAGCCACUCAACCUCUCUGCCUCAGUUUCCCCAUCUGCAAAGGUGGGGGGGAUUCAAUUUUACCUCACCGGGCUGUUGUGAGGCGCGAGCAGCGCGUGACGUGUUCUCUAAAUGUGACGUGUUAUUAUUAUUUUGUGUCAUAGGAUUAUUGGAUUAUUCUGCAGGGCGUGCCCGAGGAGGGGGGACUCCGCGGUCCCUGCACCGUGGUGGGGAGGCGGGGGCUGUGAGGGGAGAUCAGUGCUCGGUGUGAGGCAGCAGCUCAGGGGGGAGCCCAGCGGUUGCUUCUGCCUUUGUGUCUCUCCACCCCGGGGGCUGUACGAGCGUCGUCUCCUUAGCAACAUUUCCUGACUUGAUGUUGUGAUUCUUACUAUUGUAAAGGGUUGAAAUAAAGCUUCUAGAUGUUCCUCCUCA